AUGACUUCCCCAGUAGGAGGUUGUUUUCCUGCCCUGUGUAUUUUACAAUGUAUGGUAUUGGUCUUAGCUGCCACCACGACCAACAGCCCCGAAACAACGACGGAAGAAACAACUACUGACCCACCAACAACUACCACUACUCUACCUACAACUACAACACCUACAACCACUACCACCACAGAAGCGCCUUAUCUAGAGUGGGCGUAUCCUGAUUUGAGCAGUAGGGCACCCGAGAAGAACUCACGGAUCGCUGUUGUUGGUGGAACAGCACAGGGUAUCCAUUUAGCCCUUCUUCUUACCGAUGCGGGUUUCACAGACGUCAAUGUAUAUGAAUCAAGCCACAGAUUAGGGGGAGAAAGUUUCUCUGUCUAUUUCAAUGGACACACCUUCCUACUGGGAGAAACUUUUGUCUUCGACGACGAAGAAGGGAUUUUAGCAAAAUUAAAUAAACGAUUUGAAUCUACGGAGCUCACACCAGUGAAAAACCCUUCGAUCUGGGUUUCCAAAACAACUAAGCUGUCAUUCAUGGACUACCUGUUAAAGGUGGCAAAAGAAGUCAGUCCAACGGCCGGUGUAACGUCUGAGAAUGUCGUUAAGUAUUAUCAAGUACUUCUGACAAAGUACAAGGAGGCACUCUAUGCAAAUUUUGGCAAUUACAAUGGUCAUCUUAUGCGUCGUCCACUUGACUCAGCCUUGAAACGUUAUAAAAAGACAUUCCUUCAGUUCUUGGUUGCCAAUAAGGUUGAAGCAUUAAAGUCAAUAUUUCAGGUCAUGGCGACCGCAAUUGGUGCAGGUGACAUUGCUGAAAUGCCGUCUUUGUAUGGUUGUAUGUUUAUCAAUCGGAGAAUGGCAACUGUACUGUCAAACAAGCUAGGAAGUGGUAAACCAAUAGCCAGUGUUUUCAAGAAGGGAAGCCAAUUCAUAACUGAAGAUAUUGCCAAAAUGAUGGGUUUAGACAUUAAACUGGACCAUGAAACUAAUGAAAUUGAGAGGCACCCUGGCGGUUAUUAUCACCUUUACUACAAGAAAGAAUAUGUGAAGGCAUCUAGCAAGAAAAAGAAAUGUUCCAAGGGAUACUUUAAACGUAAAUUCGAUCAUAUUUUUAUUGCUGUAGAACCGUAUGAGUUCAUCCCCUUUCUUACACAACCUCGUAAUGAACUUAUUGAUGUACUUGGUUCACUGCAGUCAUCAUUUGAUACCUACAACCUACUGAGGACGAAUGUGACAACACGCGGCGAACGUCUCCAUGAGCAGUUCGCGUUUAAUAACUACGAAGGCUUCAAAACUCAUUCAUGCCUAGAUAAUAUUCAGGGUAAAGGACCAAACGUAAACCCAGACUACAAGUACACCGUUUGUUUACAGGAAUCCGAAACUAGCAACCGAACCCUCCUGGCGGAAGAAAUGCAUUCACAUAUCGAAGAAAUGGAAUACAAUCUAAUCAAUCCAAGCUCCAACACAUCUGUUGCAGAUACCAUUAAAUUAUUUCAGCGUUGGGAAAGUGAAAGGUUUGAUUCCUAUGCCAUGUCGAAUGCUACUCUUUGGAAACUUUUGAAUAUGCAAGGCAAGGACGGUUUGUGGUUUAUUAGUCGUGCAGCAAGUUUCGGGUACGCGGAUGCGAUGUUUGAUUAUAAUGAACGUUUACUGAAAUCAAUGGGAGUAUCAUUUACAUAG